CCACUGGAAUGCACUCAGGCCCUGGGUUUUCCCUGGAAAUUGGGAAAAGGACUAGUGUACGAGCACUCACAAGCCCUGUCUCACAAUCUUCCUCCUCCGCAAGCGUCUGCGUCUUGAAGUUGUUACGUUACCGCUUUCUCCCCAAGUUCUCCCUUCAACCAACCAACCAACAUCCCAACUGCCCGCAAGUCGAAGAACACGCCUGCAGCUACCCACACGACCCACCCCCUCUGCCUCCACCUCCACCUCCACUCUAUUUACCCAGCAAGCACCACCCCACCAUAAAGCACAGCAGGAAGACCACCGUUCCCUGUCCAUCACCCCCGAUAUUCAAUUUCUUCUAUCGCCGUCGCACUAGAGAACAAAACUCCCCCAACUUCUCGCAACAACUGACACACAGAAUAACCGAACCACUUGACGCAGUUAUCCGAAACCGGUCGCACUCAUAACAACACACAAGAUGAUUCUCGAAAACUUCCUGCGGCGCCUGCUGCGGCUCUAUCUGCAGAGUACCUUCGAAAAGCACCCUUUGCUACAAGAGACCCUCACGCGCAUAGCAACUCGCGCAAGCUCCUCAUUCUCCUUCUCGUGGCCCAAGUCGACCGCCGACACGCCCUCGUUACCAAUGCGCGCCGUCGUCUCAUCAAUCCUCCCAGGAAGGCUCUACCUUUCCGGCAUUACCGCCGCCUCGUCCGCGCCGACACUCGCCGAGUACGGGUUCACCCAUGUCCUCUCGAUCGUCACGGCCGAAGAAGCGCCGCGGAUGCCGGCGGGUAUCACUCACCAAAUCAUCCCGAUCAGCGACACGAGCACGACCGACAUCCUCAGCCGACUUCCGGAAGUGGUGGCAUUCAUCAAUUCCGCGUUCGGCGAGUCGGAGGACUCGAAGGUUCUCGUGCACUGCGUUGAAGGAGUGUCGCGCUCGGCCUCGGCCGUGAUCGCGUACCUCAUGGCGGAGCGCGGCAUGACCUUUGGACAAGCCCUCCGCAUCGUCAAGCGGCGCCGCUCCAUCGUCUGUCCGAAUCUUGGAUUCGUCCGCCAGCUGAGCGAAUGGGGGAGCAUCUGCGAAGCGAAGCGUAUGGAGCAGCCGAAGGAGUGGGAACAGGUUCUGCGGAGGAGCACCGGCGCCCGCUCGGAAUCUUCACCGCCCCCGGUGCGCGUCGAGAAGGUCGAGAAGCGCAACUGGAUGGCGUGGGUCUUUGGCCGGAACGCUAUGUCAUGACCUCGCUGUUUUCUUACAUUUCCUUCCGAGCGCUACACUGUUUUUACUACGUUAUACUGUUUUUCUUCGCUCAACUAUAUGUUCGGGCUGCAUUGCAGGAGGAGGAGAGACCUAAUUGCCGGCGGUGGACGGGACGGGAAGAGAACGAGCACCAAGGGCGUUUCGGAAUUUCAUGGAGUAUUGAUUCGAGGAGAAACGGGCAUGGGCAUGGGGCAUGGGAAUAUUGGAUCUGGCGUCUUGAGUUUUUUUUCUUCCUUCCAUAGCGCGCACAUUUUGCUUUACAUUUC